AUGGCUCGGGUAGGAGAAUGGGGAUUUAAAGGCAGAGCGAAAUGGGGCUGUUCGUACAAGAAGACCACUCUCAUCGUUUGCUCCAUUAACAUUGUUGUUGCUCUAUAUGUUCUUCGUUCUCUCUACGCUUCUCUGUACAUCUACUCCGAUAGAGAUUCACGUCCCACUCUUGAGUACACUCCAGAUCAGAUUAGGAAAAUGGAGGAAUCAGUUCGGAUUCGAAAAGCAGCUGAACCGGUUGAGCUCAUUAGAUUGGUAAAGGCACUAAAGAAGGAGCUUUCCAGAGAGGUAGUGGUUGAAUUGCCACAGCCUUUGAAACUGAAGAUAACCAAUGAGAUAGUUGAGAGGUUGAAAACCUUGAGGCCCAAAGCAAAUGUUACUGAGCAGAGAGAAUUUGUCGAAAGAUGGUGCAAAGAAAAACUGAAGGAAGCUAAGCAGUUGGCUCUUGAGACAGACGCUUCAAAUUCAACAAUUCUUCAUGAGGAAGCAGAAAUGCUAGUAAAAGCUUUGGAGUCUGAUUGGACAGUGCUGUUGGAAGACAUGGGCCUUUGGAUACCUGCUGAAAUUGUUAACACAGAACAUCAUGAUAAACCUGAGGGUGAAGAGGAGGAGGAGUUAGAUCAAAUUUUGCCGGGAAGGCCACUUCCACCUGAAUGCCAUGCGGAAGUUCAUACAGAUUAUGAUGGUGCUGCUGUAAGAUGGGGGCUUAACCACCACAAAGAUAGUGCAGCUGACUGUUGUCAGGCUUGCUUGGAUCAAGCUAAACGUGCUAAGCCUAACGAAAAGAGAUGUAAUAUAUGGGUAUACUGCCCGUCUGAAAGCGGUUGCCAUUCUCCAGAUAUCUAUGAGCAUAAACUUGGAGAGUGCUGGCUGAAAUACGCAGAAGCGCCCAAACUCAAUUUUAAGGACAAGUAUCCUGAAUCAUACAGAAACAACCAUCCGUCUGCACCACUUGUUGUUCCUUGGGCCUCUGGCAUUGUUGGUGCAUGA